GUUACACUGCUAACACUGUUCAGUUAUCAGUACUUUCUUACACUCUUUUUUUGAUAACUUCACCCACUACUCUCCUCCUUUCCCUUCCAUACAUUGUUAUCUCUCUUUGUCCUUGUACUACUCUCUGUCAUUAUUUUCUUCUUGUUUUUACUUUAUGAUAUAAUGGAUGCUUCUGAAAUCUCUAGUGCCAAUGCUGGUGUGAAUUUGUUCAGUUCUUGUACUGAAAUGGAGGAGAAGGGUUGUGUUGUUAGGGCAGAAAUUGACACUUCUGCUCCAUUUGAGUCUGUGAAAGAGGCUGCUACUCGAUUUGGUGGAAUUGGGUUUUGGAAGCCCACUCUUCACAAGUCAUUUGAGGUUGCUGAAGAGAAGGUUGACAUUGCAAAAGUGGAGGAACAGGCGGCACAGUUGGAAAAAGAUCUGAUUGUGAAAGAGAAGGAAACACUUGAGGUAUUAAAAGAAUUGGAAAGCACUAAAGUAAUGAUUGAAGAGCUGAAAUCAAAGUUGCAGAACGAGGCAUCCGAGGUCACUGCUACACUAACUGCUGAUGCCGAAGCUAAGGAUGUACAUCUUGCUGGUGAAGUGGCAGAGAAGGAAAACCAUGAAAUGAAUAUUGUAAGCGAUAAUCAGGACACAACUGGUGGUUUGGUUCUGUGUCCCUCUUCAGCUCCAGGUUUUAUCUUAUUGGAAUUAAAACAGGCUAAACUACACUUGACCAGGACAACUAGUGAUCUUGCUGAUAUUCGAACCACUGUUGAAUCAUAUAACAAAAGAAUUGAAAAUGAGAGAAUCUUGCUUGAGAAGACCCGCCAACGGCUAUCUUCAAGUUCCUCGAAAAUCUCAUCUCUUGAAGAAGAGUUAAAUAAAACAAAAGAAAAGCUAAAGUUGGUGAAAGAUGGUGAAGUUAGUUCUUGUGAUCCCGUGGAUUUGACAAGGGAGCUUCCGAGACUGACUGCUGAGACCGAGCAGUUUAAGAAAGUGGGAGAAGCUGCAAAAUCAGAAGUCUUGAGGGCUUUGUCUGAGAUUGAACAGACAAAGACAAGGAUCAAAACAGCGGAGAUCAGGUUGGUUGCAGCCAAGAAGAUGAAAGCAGCAGCUAGAGCUGCUGAAGCUGUUGCCCUUGCUGAAAUCAAGGCUAUAUCAAACAGUGAGAUGCAACUAAGGCGGCCUGAGGACAGUGUAACUCUUACCUUUGAGGAGUACUCGUCUCUACUGUCCAAAGCACAAGAUGCACAGGAAGCUAGCAAGCAAAGAGAAGUAGAUGCAAUGAUGUUAGUGGAUGAAGCUAAUGUGUCAAAAACAGAAAUCUUGAAGAAGGUAGAAGAAGCUACAGAAGAAGUUAAAGUUAGUAAGAAGGCAUUAGAAGAAGCACUGAGCAGAGUGGAGGCUGCAAAUGAAGGGAAGUUAGCGAUCGAAGAAGCUCUGCGCAAAUGGAGGUCUGAAAAUGGCCAGAGAAGACGUUCUGUACAGAACUCGACCAAGUUUAAAAAUCCUUCCUCAUCUCAGCAUAGGAAAGAUUCUGUCCUAGUUGAUGUCAAUGGCCUGACGCUUGUCAAUGAUGAGUUAAAACCAGUUGUAAAGCCAACUCUAUCAAUAGGGCAAAUAUUGAACAAGAAGUUGCUUUUGACUGAAGAGUUUGAGAAUGGAAGAAAAAAGGUUGGAAAGCAUACAUUGUCGCUGGCCCAGAUGCUUGGGAAACCAACUGGUGAGGUGCAGUUAAGUCGGAAGGAUGAGAAGGAGAAUGGACAUAAGCAUCAUCUCCCUGCAAAAAGAAAGAAGUUUGGUUUUGCUCGGAUUUCGCAUCUUGUGACUCAACACUCUAAGAAAAAGAAGCAGCACACUGCAAGUUUGAGCUGCAAAUCAGCUGAACUGAAUUAAUACUAACUCGGUUUGUACCAUGUGGAUAAAUUAGAUCAAGGUGUUUCUUGUAAUUUGCCUAAUCUAGAUUUGUGUUAGCUUGGUUUGCAACUUAUGUUUGCUAUGGUCAGUGUAUGAUUUAAUUAAUUUUAUCCAUUUGUGCAGAUCAGCCGAUUGAAUUACUACUAACUUGGUCUGUACCAUGUGGAUAAAUUUGGUCAGGGACAUUCCUACGGUUUAACUUGUUUGUGUUAGCUUGAUUUUGCAGCCUGUGUGUAUUGUUUGCUAUGAUAUGAUUCAGUUGAUUUUAUUC